UAUAAUGGUACCAGAUGAUUUUGCAUGGGAAUCACAAUUACGCUUUUAUUGGGUACGUAAACCAGAUGAAUUAGUUGUACGUCAGUGUUCAGCUGAAUUUGAUUACGGAUAUGAAUAUUUUGGAUUGAAUGGUCGACUGGUUAUCACACCGUUAACUGAUCGAAUCUAUUUAACACUGACACAG